AUGGCAAUAGGCUGGUGUAGUAAUCUUCUAGAGCAGGGAAAGCUAAUUUUGAGUGUGAUUUUGUUGCUGAGCUUGUAUGCUGGAUUAUCUAUGAUUGCAAUGUUUGCUCUGAACCAGGGAAUGAGCCAUUACAUUUUGGUAAGCUACCGUAUGACCAUUGCCACUGCUAUUAUUGCUCCUUUUGCCAUCGUUUUAGAUAGGAAAUCAAGGCCAGAGAAGACCUUCUCAAUCUUGGCUAAGACAAUGUUACUCAGCCUAUUUGACCCUGUGCUUGAUCAGAAUCUGUACUACAUUGAAAUGAAGUAUACCAACGCAAGUUUCACUUCCGCUAUGUGCAAUAUGAUUCUUGUAUUUGCCUUCCUAAUUGCCCGGAUCUUCAGGCCUGAGAAGGUUGACACAAGGAAAAUACAUUGCCAGGCCAACUUGGCAGGAACCAUUGUUACUGUUAGGGGAGCCAUGGUAAUGACACUAACCAAAGGACCUGAACUAAAUCUACCAUGGACCAGAUCUGGAAACCGACAUCCUUCUCCUUCUCAGUCGGAAAAUGCUGCAAACCAGCAGCAGGAUUUCAUUAAGGGUGCUCUGGCGCUUACAGCAGCAGCUUGUUUCUGCUGCUCUUGUUUCAUCAUUUUGCAAGAUUAUUGGUGCGAUAGUCACCUUUGGAGGCUUACAUAUGGUUCUAUGGGUAAAGAGCCAGGACCAAUCUACAUCCUCUGUGUCAGACAGAGGUAUCGAAACGCCAAGCAAUCAAGAGAUAGCUACAGCGAAUGA